CUUGAGAUAAUAUGAAAUAUAUCGAAAAAUGAUAAAAUACUCGGAGAAUAGAAGUUAUUUUCAUUAGCAAACAUAGAAAAGGAAAGCGAAAAUUUUUCAACAAAUCAAAAUCCAAAGAAAGAGGCAACAUAAACUGUAGCUCCAAAUAAUAGUUGAAAUAAGGUGGUGGGCACGUAAAGCCCUUAAAUAGUUAUAUUGAGGCUAGAGUAUAUAAUUAAUAAUAAAUCGUUUGAGGCGAAACCUCAAUAUAACUAGACCUGUGCGCCAGCAUAUUUUUGACCAUUCAGAAUACGCCGUCGCUUAUGAAAAUCAUCGGGGACACACGGCCGGAGCAUACAUUUUUAAAAAAUAAUUCAUAAAUGAUUGGCAUUGUUCCAAUAAUGAUGAUAAUAACAAUAUCAACACUCAAAUAUGAACAUUAAAAUUAAAUGUCCAAACCAUAUCGCAUAGUAUAUAAUUUCUGCUCGAAAUUACUAGGACUAAUAAAAAAAUCUAAUUAAUUAUGUUUUAAUAAGAUUGGAAAACUUUAUCUCAAACUUUCAAACAAUGAAUCGGAUCUCAUUGAGAAACUAUUCAUUUUUCUGUUCAAAUUUAAAGAAACAGUUGAAUUUCCAUCUUUACAAAAAGGGCCAACAUUGAAGCCAUUACUUUUCAUGAAAUAUAAAGCAUUUAAUAGUAAAUAAUAAUGAUAACUCGGAUUAUUUUACUUAAGACAAAUAUGUUAUAAAAUCGCCUUACGAUUUCCAGUUUGUGAUCUGCAAGUAAUAACUUUUUUCAAAAAUUAUCUAGGUGUUGGCUUCUCUUCUAGACCUAAUAUUUCAAAGAUUAAAAAUUGUUACAAAAUAUCUUAUCGAACGAAAUUGCACAUCAUCGGAAUUUAUUAUUAAACAAACAUCUCAAACUUUAAAGAGUAUAUGUUGAUAUUAAAUUAUUAAAUAUAGAGAGUGAAGCCAAGAGGAAAUAUCAAGAUUCCGCUUUAAGUGACAGAGCAAGAAUGCUAUAUUCUUCUCAAAAGACACCAUUCACAGGAUAUGGAUGUUCUAAAUUUGGGAAGAAAAGAGGAUCGAAUUUCCGAACUUUACUACUCUAGCCAAAAGAUAAAUACUUUAUGUUUUAGUAAUUAGUAUGCCUAAAUGGGUUGACUAUGAAUUCAAAGAAAUUAUCCUUAUGUCCGGCAAAAGUAAAAAAAGACAGAUCUCCACAUGACUUAGCAAUAACUACUUUCAUAUCGAGUAGCCUCUUGACAAAGCCAAUAACCACCGCCCAUAAUUCUAAAGAAGACCUUUCCUUAAUCGUGGCUAUGGAUAUUUGGAAAACAAGGAUCAAUGCUGAUUCUCAUCCCCCCACAACCCAUAGACAGAAAGACUGGGAUGCACCAGUGGUUGCUCGCUGCGUUGAAACUCUCUUAUCUAGCAUGCAAUCUACCGACCGCACCCUAUUCUCUUCCCUGCUCAAUGGUACGGGACAUGAGUUUCUUGAGGCCAUCCCAUCUACCAAUCUUCAGCUUCAACUAUCCAACAAUGAAUUUACCCACGCCUUCGGCAUUCGUCUAAAUUGUUCCAUCACUCACCCUCACAUCUGCUCAGGGUGCAACUCGCCAGUUGACUCGAAGGGUAGACAUAGUUAACAUUGUCGCUCCUGCAAUGGACGAUUCAUCAGACACAAGCAAUGUAAUACAAUCAUCCAACAUGCUCUGAAAUCCGCCCAAAUUUCUUCCACUUUAGAACCACAGGGUCUUUUUAGAUCUGACGGUAAACGUCCUGACGGGAUCUCUCAAAUCCCAUGGAGGAGAGGCCAACUUUUGGUAUGGGACUAUUCCUGUAUUGACCCCUUGGCCCCAUCCAACCACGCCAUCAACAUCCUUGACCAGAAGGAACAACUUAAAACUUCUAAAUACACAGAAAUAAUGAACGAUCAUUGCUUCACCCCAAUCAUAUCAACCACUCUUGGCACCUUCGGCAAACUCGCCUUAGCAUUUUUCAAAAACUUAGGAUCACAAAUCAGCAAACUCUCAGAAGAACCUCGAGAGGAUUUUUUCUUCGUCAACGACUAUCCAUAGCGAUUCUCAAAGCUAAUUAUAUCAGUUUCAAUGGUAGUCUUAUAGCCAAAGAGCUAUCCUAAACAACACUUACGUCCCUUUUCAUUUUUGUUUCCCUGCGCCACACCAUCUCCGUUCUUUUUUUUAUAGUAUUAUUAUAUAUUAUAAUAAUAUAUUUUUGUUUUAUAAAAAAUUGAUUUCUUUGUUUGUUUUGGAUGAUGAAAAAUA